ACGUUGGUUUGUAGCCCGCCAUUAACCCUGAAGAAGAAGAAUAACUUACCAGUUGGUGGCGGUAAUGCGCCAUUUCUGCAGUUGCCAACUGCCGUCCCCCGUAAAGGAAGAAAGACCUCAGAGGAGCCCAACCACCACUGAAUCAACGAUACGGAUGGAAGCGGUGCUGUUUGCUGUAAAUUGGUUUGUCUUGGCAUCCUAAUUAAAUGAGAACCACAUUAAUGCUAAACAAUGCGCGAAACUGCCCACGAAACACACCAAACAAACCCGAAGGAGAUAUGUCUGAAGCAGUUCUGUUUCCACGCUGUCAGGGAACAUUUUGCUGCCCUGGGCAUGGAGGCUGUUCUUGAUCUUCCAGUGCCUCUUAUUAAGGAGCUUCUUCCUCAUUUGACUGUGUGUCAGUUGGAUGAGAUCCAACCUGAGCUAAAUCAGAGAGGGAUAUCAACUCAUUCUGGAUGGGCUACAGUCCUGAAGGACCUUUGCGGACCUAGCCGUGCAGCUGACUUUCCCACAGAAGAAGAGGCCAAACAUGAAGUUAUGAGAAUGCUUUUUACACUUGUAUUUCAUGGCUUCAGAAACCCCUUUGUCAAUAGAAACAGCUUAAAUUUAAACACACCAUCCUUCAUGUGGUCUGCAGCUAAAUGUAUCAAACAUUUUUUACUCAUUACAAGUUUGCGCCUUCAAAGUUUAACAGCUGAGCAGCGGCCUCUUCUGAACCUCCUGGAGAAACGUAUCAGGAGUGUUGGUGUACCACAGUCCUUUGAUCUAUCAAAGAGCAACACAAAACCUGCUCUGUAUGUUCUCCAUCGCCUGGUAGACCAUGGGGUGGCUAAAGAAAUGGUCAUAGAUGCGGACUGUCCCAUCACACUGGCAUGGCUCCUACAUGGAAGGGGAUCUCAGUAUGUAAAUCCAAAGCUGAAGAAUCUCAUGCACAGCAAAAAGGAAAGCUGUAUUUCGCACGCAGCUUCAGCCAGUGCAGACGGGGCCAGUUGUAGUCCAGGUCUUGAGACCAGGGCUUCAAAAAAUGAGGAUGAACAAGCCCCCCCGUGCAAACGCUUCAAGUUGGAUUCUCGGACUGUGGAGGAGGAAUCCGGAAAUACACACUUUACUGUGGACCCACAGGUUCUCUGUCAAACCUUCACUCCAUGUGGUGGUCCCUCAGCAGGUUCUUGUCCAUGGGGACAGAUUGAUCGUCUGAAGAUCAGACAUUGUGGGUCCAACUCUCUCAGAGAGCUGACCUCUGCCCUGCCUACAUUUUUCUGCCUUCGCUCUCUAACUCUUCACAGCUUCUCAACCUUCAGGGAUGCUGAUGUGUUGGGCCUGGCCAGAGCCCUGAAGCAGCUGUCUGAGAGCUGCCGCAGCUCCCUCACUGAUCUCAACAUCGGCGUCCUGCCUUACACCAAACUCACAGAGAUCCUGCUUGAUGCAAGCCCCAAGGUGACGUCCCUGCAUGUAGAGAUCCAAAGUGUAGCCUUGGGACCACACUUCUUACCCCAUCAUCCCAGGAUUGCUGAGUCAGACAUGUCAGCAGAGCUGCCCCUGGAGAAACUCACAGUCAAAGUUGCUGAGCUCCAAACAGAUCUGCAGUUCAUCACAUCUGUGCUGAGACGCUCCCCAAAGCUAAGCUCUCUUCACAUCGCCGGGAUGAGAUUACCAACUGGUUCCUCGCUCAGCCACCUCCUCACCACUCUCUCAGAGUCAAAUCACAACUUGAGGAGUCUCAACUUGGAAGACAUGAAGCUGUCUGAUUGUCUUCCUGAGAUCCUGAAUCUCCUGAUGCAUUGCAAGUUGGAAGAGCUGUGGUGCAAUGACUGCCGCCUUCUUGAGAGGUGGAGUGACAAGCAAGAGAGUUUGCAGCAGUUGGUGGCUGCUGUGAAGUCAGUGCCUUCUCUCCACACACUCAGCCUGGCUCAGAAUCGGCUCGCCAAGAACGUGAGUGUGCUGGCAGAGCUGUUCUCAGGAUCGUCACCAAGCUCGGUGAAACGACUGGACAUCAGCUCUAACUUCAUUCAGCCUGCUGAGCUGCUCGAGUUCGCCGGGAAACUGAGGACACAUCGUCCUCCGCACCGACUGACCCUUGACCUCAGGAAGAACCCAGGUGAUCGAGACCCUGACACAUGGAACGCUGCACUGAACACACUCCGUCCAUUCUGUGUUCUGCAGGUUGGGGGAUGGAAAUCCACCGACACAAUGGUUGACCACAUCAGUAACAUGUGAACAAGAAACAUCUGCUCUGACUCUGCAGAAGUAACGGGCUGUAAAAAGUUGGUGCUGUAUGUUAACUUUGUAAAUUAGUCUUUGAUAGAGGAGAGCAACUGUGGUCAGUUUGAGUUCAGGUCAGACAGUUUCACUGAUGCAGUGACAGGUUUUCAGUUCAGGAAAACCUCAUAAAAACCUGUGGAACCAUGAGUCACUUGACUGGUUCUACAUGUUCUCAGAUAUUUAUUCUGUUUUUCUCCUGUAAUCAAAUGUUUUUAUUGUUAUGGAACACAGGUAAUUUUGAUUUGUAAUUAGUAGUGUGACAUUUCAUUCCUGCUAUGUACAGUACAUUUAUUAAAUGUAACAUUUAAUUUUUGCUCUUGUACGCAGUUGGACAAUAAAAGCAUCUGGUGUUAGUUUGA